AUGGCGUCGUACUCCAUUUUGUUAAUCACUCAAACUUCCUGUUCUUUUUUCUUUCUUUGUUUCUUUCUUAUCCACUUCUCUCUCUCUCUCUCUCUUACUCUCUCUCUCCCUCGCUCUCUAGUAGCAUUUCCUCUUUCUUUAGUUUUCUCUCUUUCUCUUUUUUCUCUUUUCUCUUUCUUUAAAUCUCUCCGUUCCUCUUCUACGUUAAUCGUUUCUUUCUUAUUCAAUCCUCUCUCUUUUCUCUCUCUACUUUUCCCGUUUCUCAUUUCUAAAAACCUUUGUCAUCUCUCUCUCCCAUGUCAAACAUUUCUCUCUCUCAUUUUUAACACUUUUCCCUCUCCUCCUCUCAUUUCUAAUACCUUCUUUCUCAUUUUGAUAAUGUCUUCCUUACCUUUGCCUCCUCCUCUUUCUCAUUGUUUACAUCCUAUUCUUCUUCUUUAUCUUAUUCUAACACCUCUUUCUCUUUCCUCUCUUAUUUCAAACACUUUUUUCUUCAACUUUCUCUCUCAUUUUAACACCCAUUUCCACUCGCCUCUCACUUCUUUUGCCUCUCUUUUUCCUCUCGCAUUCCUCGUAACUUUCCCCCCACUCUCUCUAUCUCUCUCUUUGAUUUCUAACACUUUUUCUUCACCACUCUCUCUCAUUCUAAGACCUUUUUUCCACUCCCCUUUUAUUUCUCUCUUAUUCCUAAAUUUCGAAUUGAACCUUUAUUCCAUUUCUCUCUCUCCCUAUCCUUUCUUAUCUAUCUAUCUAUCUAUCUAUCUAUCUAUCUAUCUAUCUAUCUAUCUAUCUAUCUGA